GUGGAGGCGCCAAGCGAGGGAGAGCGGCGGCUUCCGGCAACACGGCACAGCGGCGAGGCGGUGUGUUGGGAGGAUUAAAGCGAGUAUUUACUGUGGCGCACGCCGGCCCGGGGUAGAUAUACACCUUGUACUUGUUGUGUAAACAUGCUGGUGUGAAGCACUGUCGCGGAGCAGUGAAGAGUGGUCCAGCAGGGGGAACACCGCGCCGCAGAAAAGUGCCGCGGCCCGUCCCCGGCACCUCGGCGGCUUGUGGACGCCGCGCCUCUCCUCCCUGCCGCCGCCGCCGCCUCCUGCAGCAGCGCCUGGCCCGCCACGCGCCAGCAGCGGCACGCCAGCCGGGCACGGCCUGAAACAGACACACACAGCCAGGAUGCAGAGCUGAGCAUCAUCAUAAUCAUCAUCAUCCCGGCCCAGCUUAGCAGGAGACAUCACAGUCAUGGAUCGCUCAAACGGCAUGAUGACAAGGGGGCGGAGCUCCCGGGGUGGACGGAGCUCCUACCGUGGCUCACGGGGCAUGGGGGGUGAAGACCGGGGGGGAUACAAAAGUAGGGGGUCUUAUGAUGGGUCACGAGGCAGCUUUCGGGGCCCCAGGGGGUCUGGCGGGCGGGGGUACAGCUCCCGGGGCAGUGACAGGUCUGAUGGAUACGACCGGAACAGUAGCGGGGGCGGGGGUUACCGCGGGGGGCGUGGGGGAGGGGGGCGCAGUGGUGGCUACGGGUCUGAGAACAGCCACAGUGGGGGUUACAGCAGCAAGCAGCGGCCCUCCUACUGGGAGCAGGCCCCGGCGGGCUACUCCAGGGACCGGGGCGACACCCACUCCCCCGCGGGGUAUGGCGGAUACUCCCAGGAGUCUGACUACUCCACCAGCUAUGAUGGCGGUGGCGGUGGUGGCUAUGGCUAUGGUGAAGAUGGCGGCGGCGGUGGUGGCAGCUACUCCUCCUACGAGCAGGGUGGUGGUGGCGGCGGCGGUGGCGGCUACCCGGCCUACCCUGAGGAGCGGCCGCCCGCUUACCCCUCCUACCACGAGGCCAAGGACUCCUAUGGGACACCCCGUGGAGGUGGUUACAACCGUGGGGCAGGGCGGGGCUACUCGUCUUCACGGGGCAGUUACCAGAACUCCUCACGGGGCAGUGGCGGUGGCGGGUACAACAGGGACAGGGGCGGCGGCCAUGAGGGCUCCAGGGAUCGCUACCACUCCGAGGGCGGCAGCUGGCACCGGGGUGACAAGACCUACGACAUGGGCUCCCGGGGCGGUGGCUAUCGGGGCCGGGGUAGCUAUGAGGAUCGUGGUGGACGAGGCGGCCGUGGGCGGGGCACCCGGGGCGGCCGGGGUGGCUACGACUCCUCCAGUGGCGGUUAUGACGGCAAUGGGAGGGGCAGCCCCAGGGUCCCCCGCUCAGCCCCUCCUCACCCUCCCCACCCCCGCGGCAGUUUCAGGGGCAUGCGGGGCUAUGAGGCCCCCCCACGGGGUGGCUUCCGUGGUGGCCGGGGCGGCUCCUUUGGUCGUGAUGGCAUGAUGGAGUACACAAACGACUACUCCCGGGGCAGAGGCAUGCCCCGUGGAGCCCGCAUGCCCCGGGGCAACUCCUUCAUGAGGGUGCGAGGGGCCAUGCGGGGCAGCAGGAUGAUGCCCCGUGGUCGAGGCGGCUACCCCAUGGCCAUGGAGGGUGGCGGCUUCCCCUACCAGGACCCCUACCUCAAGCAGGAGCCGGAGAAGGACAAGCGGGUGGUGUACUUCAACUUCCCGAGCGCCAUCACAGACAAGGGCGCGGCGGACCUCAUGGAGUUUGGCAAGACAGCCACACUCAUGCACUUUGGAUGGAAAUGCUGCUUUACUUUCGAGACCGAGGCUGCGGCUGUAGAGAUGGAGGCCAAGCUGAUGGAGAUGGAGUUCAACGAGCAGAAACCCAAUGUGGAUACCUCACACCGCAGCCAGGGUGAGGCAGCAAAGAGGACAGCCAGCAGUGAUGGGGACAACUCACCCAACAAGAAAAAGAAGACCGCUGACUCAGAAGCGGAGACCAACAACAGCAAGGGACCUGAGAAGAUGGAAGAGGACUCUGCCGCCGAGGGAGGGGAGGAGGGAGGAAGUGAGGAGGUGUAUAUGGAGGAAGGGGAGGGGAAGGAGUACGCAGGGAACGGGGGGGUCGCGGACGGUCAGGAGCCCUACCAACCCUACGAGGAGGAGGAGGAAGAGGAGGAGGAGGAGGCGGAGGGAGUGGAGGAGGGUUGAGUGGAGUUAGUUGUGGAGGGAGGAAGAGAGGGAAACUAAGAGAGACAGAGAGAGAGAGAUCAGUAUUUUAAUUUUUCUCUCUUUAUUUUUAUUUUUAAUUUUUUUUACAGAUACUUGAAGACAAAGAGGGAGAGAGAUCAGUAUUUUCUUCUAUGUUUCUUUCUCUCAAUAUAUAUUUAUCUUUUUUUUCACGUCGAUGAGAGAGAAAACAACAGACACUUCGCGACAAAAUGGAGAGAUUGAUACCUUUUUCCUCAUCCGUUUCUUUCUCUCCAUUUGUAUUUAUCAUCUUUAUUUUGCAUUGGUUUCCCUCGCCUUCCUCCCUCCGAUAUCUCCUCCGUUACCUCUUGAUUUUUGGUGGUUCCUCCGUAAGGGUUGGCUCCUCCUCCUCCACCCCCAGUAUCGCUAGGCUAAGCUAGGUUAAGGUUUAGCUGUAUCGUCACGUCGUUGCAUCGUCACAGUCGCGUCGUCCUCAUCUGCUGUACAAGCCGUUGAUCGGGCUAGACAAAGGGAAAGGACUGAGUUUUAAAAUUAAAUGUGCCAAUUUUUUACAUUUCUCUGUCUGCCUUCUUUUUUUACACCCUCACGCUGUCCUGUCCUGGCCGCCACCACCGCCGCUGCUGCUGGCGGUGGGGCGAGGCAAGCCGCCGCUGUGUGUUUGGUUUUGUUCGCCCGCCAAGGGGCCGCCUGACACCCUUACCACGACAGACGGAAGAUCGGAGAGGUGACGGCUGUGUCCGAGUAACCAUUUGCUCUCUCUAUCUCUUUCGCUCUCCCUCCUGCUUGUCCCCUAUUUAUUAUGGCAGUACAUACUAUACCCCCCCCUCCCUAAACCCUGGUGUCGUGAGCGGUGGUGUUGAUUGGUGGUGUUGGCGGUGGUGUCAGUAGCAUCACCGGCCACGCACGCAAGAGACUGCCUCAUCGGUGUCUAGCAAUGUCACAAGGCUGUAACAUUAAUAAUACCAAUACAACCUUUAACAGGAGUCACCCAGCUCCGGCCCCACCUCCUCUCCACGCUAUGACUUCAUAUGCAUACUACAUACAUAUAUGCCAUUGCUAUAUGAUGUCCUCUCAGUGGAUUGUACAUAGAUCUUUAGCAUGAGUUUGGUUACUUGCUUGAUAAUAAGGCUCUUCCACACCUUGUAGCAGGAUGAGUUUUCUUUGGGAAGGCCUCGAGUCAGUGUUCUGUAAGAGAGUUAAGUGGGAUAAAAUACAUAGCAUUACACAGCUCAAAAAAAACAAAUAAAAAAAGCAUGUUACCUCAACCCCAAGAAAAUGAGCUGGCAAUACUGUAAGAUUUAAUUAAUAGUGGACUCAUUAAUUAAACUCCGACCUGUAAUUGGCGGAGGGAUAAUAAGAUAAUAAUAUGAUUUGUUUAAGGAAUUAAUAAUAUACUUAAAACAUUACUCUGUAGACGGCCAUGACGGCUAAGCAUAUAAUAACUCUAUGUGACUAAUAAUAACCUUCUGUCCUAUAAUAAAGUUGGUAUAAGAAUCUUGAGGUCAAAGCUCUAACAUAAUUAUACCCAUGUUGGCCAGUAAGUCAACAAAGGCAACCAACAGUGUUUCAAUAAUAAAGUGACUGAUGGUUGCUAAUAGUGUACUAAAGCUUGUCUGUGUAAUAAUAAUAAUGAUGUGUAAUAAUGGAAUGA